AUGGCCGUCGACGGGGGGUUCCACAUUGCGGCCGUCAGCGCCGGUUUCUUCCGCGGCGGCCGGGCCUGCGGCGCAUGCUACCAGCUGAGGUGCAGGGGCCGGAGCGCGUGCGCGAAGGAUGGCGUCAAGGUCGUCGUCGUCGCCGACGUGGCAGAGACGAACAUGACCGGUGGUCAGUUUCUGCUCACCAAGGACGCCUUCGCCGUCAUGACCACGCUAGACCGUGGCGGCGAGCUCGCGGACGCAGCCGUCGACGUGGACUUCAGGAGGAUUCCCUGCGUGUACAAGAGCAAGAACCUGGCGGUUAAAGUGGAGGAGACGAGCAGCAGGGAGCGGGGCUACCUCGCCCUCCGCUUCCUCUACCAGGGCGGCCAGACUGACAUCGCCGCCGUCGAGGUCGCGCAGGCGGUCACCGGUUCGAGCGGCACCAAGAACGAGGCCUCGCCGUCGCAGACAACGUGGCAGUACAUGACGCGGCGCGAGGCGUCCCCGUCAGUGUGGCGCAUGUCGCGCGUGCCGACCGGUCCGCUGCGGCUCCGGCUCGUGGUCACCGCGGGCUCUGGCGGCAAGUGGCUGCGCGCCGACUGGGCGGUGCUCCCCGCGGAGUGGCAGCCCGGCGCGGUCUACGACACCGGCCUGCGCGUCACCGACGUCGCCGCAAACACCUGCGGCGCCGCCUCUUGCUCCGCCACGGACGAGGACGACGACGCCGAGCAGCUCCGAUGA